AUGUUUUUUUUUGUUCUAUUCACUUUCCAAACUCUUCCGAAGCAGACACCGCCAUCGAGUCUUGGUGUGGGUGACAAGAUCGGAGAUGGGGACUCUAGCCUCAUGCUUAACGUGCUUCCCCCUGAAUUAUGCGACACAGCGUUCAAGCAGAUUAUAGACGAGGUUGAUUGGAAUGUUAUGUAUCACCGUGGUGGUGAGGUACCGAGGCGCGUGGCAGUCGAGGGGGAGAUAUCAAAUGAUGGAAGCUUCCCAAUUUACCGACAUCCUGCAGAUGAGUCCCCUCCGCUUCGACGAUUUUCCCCAACGGUAGCUACCAUCCGCGAGCACGUGGAGAACGUUCUUAAUCACCCCGUGAACCAUGUCUUAAUUCAACACUACCGCAGUGGUGCGGACUACAUCUCAGAGCACUCUGACAAGACGAUCGAUGUCGUGCGUGGAUCGAAGAUAGUCAAUGUCAGCCUAGGCGCUCAGCGAGUGAUGACACUUCGUCUGAAACGAGAUGGGGCGCAACAAACGGGUGACAGUGCCGUGACCCCACGGCCAUCACAGAAAAUUCCGCUGCCUCAUAAUUCAAUGUUUGUCCUUGGUCUCGACACGAAUGCGAAAUGGUUGCACGCAAUUAACCAUGACAGACGUCCGAUACAUUUAAAGUCCGCAGAGGAACAAUUCAUGAAUGGAGAGCGCAUCAGUCUCACGUUCCGUCGUAUCGGCACAUUUCUUUCCGGAGAUGAAUCACGUAUAUACGGCCAGGGGGCCAGGGGAAAGUUCUGUGACGCGGGUCACGCAAUUAUGAGCGGCGGGGAGGAAGCUGCGAAACUCUUGGAAGCGUUUGGUAAGGAGAACCAACAGAGCGAUUUCGACUGGGAAGAGGCGUAUGGAGAGGGUUCCGACGUCUUGCAUUUCACUCCGAGGGAGUCAUGA